AGAAAGAAACACGAGGAGGAAAAAACAACAAAGAUCAUUUCUGGCGCCAAGUGGUCGGAUAACAGCUGCGUCUGCUGUCUCUGGCUUCGCGUUUUGGCGCUGAAAGGGCGGAAAAAAACCAGCUUUUCUUCAAAUUUCGUCAAUUACAACUGUCGGCACCAUUCAGGAUCAGUCCGCAGCUAGAAAUUCCAGUUAAGAUCUCUGACAGCAGCCGAAAAUCAACCCACUUUUUUCCUACUGACAAGAGGUGUGACAGGUGCGGCGAGAGAGAUCAAUACAUGCAAUGGAGGUGGACGAUUUGAAGGUUGAGGAGCACGAGUGCAGGACCUGUGGCCGUCCGUGCACCGUUGUUGCCUUUGAUUUAUUCGAAAAACCACAAGUUCGCAUGUGGCUGGAGAAGACCCUCAGUCUCAAGAUUUCAAAAUACGACGGCAAGUCCCAUUUCGUCUGCACAGACUGCUCGCAACACAUCAAGAACUGGAACAUGUUUCGAGCAAAAUACCAGCGAGCCAAGAGAGAAUUCGAAAAGGAAAACAAAGCUGGUGAUGGUGAAGUAGCUUCGAACAAGAAUGACAACCCGAAUCGAGUCAGACGACUCCAGAAAAGCAUCGAAGCAAACCAGGAGAGAAUUUUGACUGUACCUAAAGUCAAUGAGGAGAAAGAUAUCAAACCAACCAUUCCGAUGCGAAUCAAGAUUGAGCCCAAGAUCGAGGCUGAUCUCUUCAACACUUUUGGGUUCACUGAAAUCAGUGCUGUGGCUCCAGUGCCGAUCAAGCAAGAGAUCAAGAUGGAACACGGAGCGGUGAAAACCGAGGUUGACGACGAUGAUUUCGAUUACUCUCUGGGAAUGACCAAACCAAUGUCGAUUGAAAAACGCUUGAAACAAAUCAAACUGAAAUUCAAGAAAAUUGGCGAACGGGAAAAGAAGAAGAAAUUGAUCAGGGAACAGGAAAAGCUGCUCGGUGCGGGCAAGAAGAAAAACCCUAGGGAAAGAAUGCCUACCAAAAACCCAAGGAAGAGUUCUGGAAAGGAAGUUUCUGAACCGGAAAAUGCCACUGGAAAUGAUUCUGACAAGCCAAACAAGCCGAAGGUUCCUCAAGACAAGAAAUCCCGACCAAUGCCACUUUCAAAGAAGAAACGCCAGUCAAAUGGAAAUAAUACUGGUGCUACAAAAAGAAAGGCAAGCGAGUCUGAAGAUCCGUCUGCUGCAAAAAAGAUUUGCCUCCCUGCUUCGUUGAAAACAAGUUUGAUGGCGUAUGAGAAGCAAAUUCAAGAGAAUUUGGAAAAUUGAAUUGUGAAUCUUGUUAGGAGCUUCAGCACUAAUCAAGCUUUUUUUCCUGCACGAACUUUAGAAUCAAGCUGCAGCUCCUUGCACUCAUUCAACUAGAAUGACAAUAUUCUAUUUUUCUUACUGAGAGAGAAAAGAAAAAAAUGUAUUUUGCAACCUGAGGAGAUUGAUUAGUCUUAAGUAUGUGGGAAGCUGAACACUCCUUAAAUAUUCUUUUUUUGUCCAAUUGUUGAUCAUUCUUAAUGUGAAAUAAAAUCUGGCACAUUUCCACAAUGAUAUUGGGAAUAAUAUAGUUCCUGUUUUUGUCGAUAACAUUAUGUAAAUAAUAAGUCAGUUAAUUAUGUAACUAAAAAAGUUGGACAUCACAAUUUCGUGCCAUUAGAUGUGAACU